GCUCUCCAGGGCCCUGAAAGACACAGACAGAGGCCACCACGGACCGCCGUUACGCCAAUAGCAGAAACUGCGCCGCACCGCCCGCCCCCUUGCCCAUGCGCAGUGAGGGAAGGUCGGCGCGGCGCCGUGCCGUUUCCCCUUCCGGCCGUGCCCGGUCUCCUGUCAACAUGGCAGCGAUGGGUGGGCGGCAGCAGUGUCUGUGGGCGGCAGCAGUGGUUGCGCUGGCGUUGGCAUCAGAAGCAGCUUUUGUGGAGGAUCUGGAUGAAUCGUUUAAAGAAAACCGUAAAGAUGAUAUUUGGCUUGUAGAUUUUUAUGCACCGUGGUGCGGCCACUGCAAGAAAUUAGAACCUGUGUGGAAUGAAGUGGGUAUGGAAAUGAAAAACAUGGGCUCUCCAGUAAAAGUUGGGAAGAUGGAUGCAACUUCCUUCUCUAGUAUUGCAUCUGAAUUCGGAGUGCGAGGCUAUCCAACAAUUAAGCUCUUAAAAGGUGACUUAGCAUACAACUAUAGAGGACCUAGGACCAAAGAUGAUAUAAUUGAAUUUGCUAAUAGAGUAGCAGGACCUCUUAUCAGGCCACUUCCUAGCCAGCAUAUGUUUGAGCAUGUGCGAAAGAGGCAUCGUGUACUUUUUGUAUAUGUUGGUGGGGAAUCUCCUUUAAAGGAAAAAUACAUUGAAGUUGCUUCAGAACUAAUUGUUUAUACAUACUUUUUUUCUGCCUCAGAAGAUGUGCUACCUGAGUAUCUGACCUUGCCUGAACUACCUGCUGUUGUUGUAUUCAAAGACGGAACUUACUUUGUGUAUGAUGAGUAUGAAGAUGGUGAUUUGUCAUCCUGGAUAAAUCGAGAAAGAUUUCAAGGUUAUCUUACUGUAGAUGGUUUUACGUUGUACGAACUUGGAGAUACAGGAAAGCUUGUGGCUAUUGCAGUCAUUGAUGACAAAAACUCUUCAGUGGAACAUACCAGACUGAAAUCUAUUAUUCAGGAAGUUGCAAGAGAUUAUCGGGAUCACUUUCACAGGGAUUUCCAGUUUGGCCAUAUGGAUGGAAAUGAUUAUAUCAAUAGCUUACUAAUGGAUGACUUGACAAUUCCUACUAUUGUUGUUUUGAAUACCUCCAAUCAGCAGUAUUUUCUACCAGAUAGGCACAUCGAGAACACAGAAGACAUGGUUCAGUUUAUUAACAAUAUCUUGGAUGGUACAGCUGAAGCACAAGGUGGUGACGGAGUUCUGCAGCGAAUCAAGAGAAUAGUCUAUGAUGCCAAGUCUACUGUAGUGUCAGUAUUCAAGAGUUCACCACUUCUGGGAUGCUUUCUCUUUGGGUUGCCCCUGGGUGUCAUCAGCAUAAUGUGUUACGGAAUCUGCACAGCUGAUACAGAUGGAGGUGUAGAUGAACACGAGGCAGUUAAAAAGGAAAACAGCGAUCGGGAGCUCACAGAUGAUGGCAGUGAGGAAGAGCAAGAGGAGGAGAACGGAAAAUAUACAGAACUUUCAGAUGGAGAGCUUAAACAGAAAGACCUAUUGGAAAAGAAAAAAGACUAAUGUGUUGAACAAAAAUGCUCUAGAAUUUCCAAAUAGACUUAUUUAUUGAAGGUAGUCAUUUAUUGAUGAACUUCAUGAAAGAGGACCUUUCUGUGUCUGCAUUAUGGUAGUUUUGACUUGCAUGUGUUCAAAUUUUCUCAGAUAUUGACAGGAAAAAGAACUGAAAUAGGGAUGUUCUCUCAAUUGUCUUUAAUGACUAUCAAAGGAAUACGAAGGAACUUGCAGGUACUUUUGUGGAAGUUUUUUAUUGUUCGUUUCUAGAACAAUGAGAUAAUGUUACUUGAUCUUAGUAUACCCGAUGAACUAAUAAUAAUACAGCCCAGCUGAACACUCGAAAUUAAGGCUGUAUACUAAGAAAAUUUAAGAGAUCUGUAAAGUCUUUCAGAACCUUGAUAGUUAAAGACAAGUUACGGUUUUUCCAAGAACUCACAUGUUCUAUUGUUGCACAUUAUUUUGGAAAAAAUACUUUUUUGUUAUCAAAUUAAAUGUAAAUUCUUAUAAACCAGAGGACUGUUUAAUUAUGUACUAAUGUAAUUACUGGCAGUCAGGAACAUCUCUGUGAUAUACAAUAUGUUAGCAGCUAAAAAUUAUUGGAGAACUACAUUUUAAAACUUUUCAAACAAGGUUACGUGUUAAAUCAUUUUAUGCUUAGGUAAACUUUUAUUACAAAUGAUCAUUUGUACUAAAAGUUUUCUGAAACUACAGUACAACUUCAUAAAGGAUGACACAAGCACUCUAACUAUUUUGCCAAAAUCCUACAUGACAAGCUUUUUGACUGAUGUAAACAUGUUUACAGUGUUUAAUUUAGAUUGUUAUAAGUCUUUGAGGUGGUUGGUGUUGAUACUACUAUAUGAGACUGUUACCUAGAGAGUUAAUGGAGCAUAAUAUUAACUUUCAUACAGAUUGAUCAUUAUAAUGCAUUUUUAUUAUCUAUUUAGUCCUAGAAGUCACUUUUAAUAUGAUCCUGUGAAAAUGACUAGUUUGUGUCUAGGGUUAAAAUCUCCAAGGCCUUUGGCACUGAUGCUAUGAAGAGCACCAUACAAACAGAACUUCUGUUGCUCCUCAUUUUGGUAUUCAUGCUGUUUGUUUUUUUUCCUCUUUUAAAGUAAUAUUACUAUAUAAUACGGAUGAAGUCCUCUGUAUAAGGCAGCUAGAUCACAUAAGAAAUUACUAUGCUGUAACUCUAAGUUAAGGCAUUUUAAAUUAAAACAUUGGGAAACUUAAAUAGUCAAGUUUUGUGUUGGAGCAAAUGAUGAUAGCAUAAAACAUAACUAAGGAAAAUGAAUUGCAUCCUUUUUCGUUGUAGGAAGCAAAUUUUGUUCUUUAGUUUAAGUAGCUUGGUAUCAGCUGGCUUCAUGUUGCAGUCAGGGUACAAUAAGUAGAUGACUGUUAUCAGUUAAUAAACAAGGUCUAAAGCCAGGAAAUAUUUUUCAGAAAAAAAAUCCGAUUUUUAGUCAACUCCUUUUUCUUUCAGAACAAGAUGGAAAGAUGAGUUCGUAUAAUUAUGAAUAGCAGGUGUCAGAGAUGCUUUUUUUUUUGCUUUUUGUUUCUUCUUUUUCCUUCUGUGAAUUGCAUUUUUCCUUUUUUUCCAUUACAUUUGCAUUAUAUUUGAGAUGGUUGUAAAUAGUAAGUUGAGUUUCCUUGCUUUUUUAAUGUUUGUGUUUUGUUUUUUUCAAUAUGCAGGAUACUUCGAGGUAUAUUUUUGGCAUAUACGUGAAGAGUGAGAUGCUUAAAAAUGUAUUUAGAGUUGUCUUUAAUAUGAUUUAGAGCUGUUGAGUUGCAUUUUAAAACAAUAAUUACUCAAGGACAAGGCUGUAAGUUCCUUUGGAAUUCAACAUGAAUCAGUGGUAAUAAUCAAAAUGUAGGACUGUUAAUACAGUAAGAUGUUUUCUUGAUUUGUCGUCAUUUCAAAUACAAAUCACUUACAUAUUUAAUUUUGGCUUAGGCUGGAGACAUGCAGCUUUUGACUAAAAGAUGGAUGUGGUCAGUGGAAGGCCACCCUUCAUUCUGUAGCGUGUAAUUAAGAAACCAGACAAAAACCUGACAAACAAAAGUAAAAAGAAACCCCAUGAAUUCUGCUGCAUUGCAAAGAACUGCUUCAUUUGUGACUCUUCAUUUUUGCGGUUAUUUUUCAUGUUUAUAAUCAAAAUACUAGCCCAGUAUCUUGCUGAGAAAUCUUCUGUGAUACGAAGCUGAAAAUGAUAAAUGCUGUGUAAGAAACACAUCACACUGGGUUCUCUGAUACAACUGUAAUGUUCAACUGCUGAAGAAGAAAAUGUAUCUCAGUCACUUUUGAAUUGUAAUAUCAAUCUGAUGUGUACUGAGCUAUUGAAAAUCAAGCUUGAAAUGUACUGCUGUUUUCACCAAAUCCUUUUCUCAGCUAUGUUCAACAACGCACAGGGAAAGAAUAGCAUGUGAUUCACAAACUCAGUGUAAGAAGUGAUAUGCAAUUACGGGAACUUACUGUGGUCAUGCAAAUAAUUUAGAAUGUUGUCUGAGGGAGAAUCUGUCAUUUUAUUCUUUUUUCUCAAAUCUCUCAAGGUUUCUUAAAGCAACUUCACUGUCAUAACCUCUUUUGAAUUCAUGAAAUAAUGCUGCUUAUUGAAUUCAAGUGUAAGCCUUUUGUUUUUCUAUAAUAAAAACACAUAAAAGUA